GAAUUUAAUAAUUUUGCAUGCCUAUGCUUGAUUGUUGGUUUGCUGUUAUUUCAAGAUUUUUAUUGAGCUGUCAAUAAAUUUCGUCUUGCAGGAAAAAUUAAUUUAAAAUGUCAUUGAUAUUCAGGUUAGCAGGCAAAAGAUGUACAAACCAAUUUUUAAAACAUGACAAAAACUGUUUGAUGCCUUUUAUAAGACCAGUCACUCUUAAAGCCAAGGCUGCAGAUGUCGUGAAAGAAGAAGGUCACGAUGAACGCAAUAUGAAAUUAGGGAGACCACAGUCCCCACAUUUGACAAUAUAUUCACUUCAACUGACCUCCUUGUUGUCAAUUACUCACAGAUUCACAGGAAUGGCUUUGUCGGGAUAUGCAAUAGCUUUGGGACUAGGUGCUGUAGUACUUCCGGAAUCUAUCCCAUGUUACAUUGACAACUUAGAAUGUAUGGAAUUAGGUGAAACAGCUAUUGCAGCUCUAAAAUUUUUACUUGCUUUUCCCUUAACUUACCAUUUCUGGAAUGGUAUUCGUCAUCUUCUUUGGGAUACUGGAAGGUUUCUUAGUAUUAGAGAAGUAUAUGUCACAGGAUAUAUAAUGCUGUCAUUGGCGUUAACUUCAGCUAUAGUUCUUUCCCUGAUGUGAAGUAUGAAACAGUUUUUGAUAAAUUUUGUUAUCUAAUAUAACUUAUUUAUUGCAAAUAAAUAUUCUUUUUUGUUUUACAUUUCUGUAAUAUUACACAACUGUUCAAAUACAAUUUUUAAAGAAGUGUCAGAAUAAAACAAG